AUGGUAGACGGGGAAUGUACGACGAUUAAAGUUAAAAAUCGAGAGCAACCGGUGAUGGGUGCACCCGUUUAUCCCUUCGUGCGAGAAGUUUCGUUGUCCGAACUCAGGGACUCAAUAGCAAGGUUUCGAGACAGAGUAAAGCUAGUAUGCAGAACGAGGGGUUCGCCGCCCCCAAGAGUUCACUGGCUCAAAGACGGCAUACCACUACACCCAAGAAGAGGACUCAAAAUCCAACACAAAAGGCGGAGAUCGAAAAUCGUGAUAUCCUCUGCUAAGCCCGAAGACAGUGGCAGAUAUGAGUGCAUUGCCGAAAGUACUUCAGGUCAUAGGGCCUCCCUUGCGGCCCAACUUCUAGUCGCACACGAUCCCAGAAUUCCGGAGACAACGAUAGCGGCAUGGCCGAGGCAGGAACAACCCUGUCCAAUAGCAGGAGACUUUUGCAUGAACGGUGGUACCUGCCUAUUUUUUGAGACUGUCGGUGAACCAGCAUGCAGAUGCGCGGACGGCUUCACGGGUCUACGGUGCGAGACGAAGGACAUCAGCACCGGAAAUAUGGAUAAGUUUUCUUCGUUCGCCGAGGACGUGACGCUCGCCCGCUUCUAGCGCAUCUAGCGGCACUGUCAAGCUUGCACAUCAGGACAUUCAUCGUGUUUUGUUUUGUUGUAGCCUUACCCAUACCCCUUUUCCAUUCCUACCGAGGUUCCUGCAUUCGCGUCUUCGUCUUCAAAAAUCUUCUUGGGCUCUCCUCUUAUCGUAUAUUACUCACAACAUAUAUAUAAUUCCUUACGAUUCCUAUUUAUUCAAGGAUACGACUGUUCAUCGACAACCUAUCAUCAUCAUCUUACACGUUAUACAAUAUUCAAUUAUUAUUAUUAUUAUUAUUAUUUCUUUUGUUAUAACACAUCUUAUAUUUUGUUCAUUUAUUAUUUAUUUUAUUUGUUAUUACUUCAACUACGUCAUUCUGAUCGAAGGAUACGACAUCGAUUCUACGUUCAUUACGCUAAGGAGAGCCUCAGGAGACGAAGCGAGUCGCCGACCAACGUCGUUCUCGCGUAUCCUGCAUCCUGGACCGUCGUGAACCGAAAGAGCUAAAGGGAACCGUCAAGGAGCAUACUUUUAGCUCCAAACAGAUCUUCCUCGCUAAACUUCCAACUUCCAUAGACGAUGACGAUGACAACAACAACAACAACAACAUCAACAGAGACGAUACUGUAAUAAUAUUCAUCGUGAUAAUCAGAUUAUCCCGAAGAAACGUGAAAGCAUCGAUCUAUGAAUCUAGAAGAGGAUAGCAAGAAGAUGUUUAUUAUCGAUCCAAUCGAAUUCUGCGGUCUGAGUUAAUGGUUUAAAAAAGAAAAAGAAAAAAAAAAAAAAA